CAACACUGCGGCCUCGUCCUUCAGUGGGCCCGUCCGUAACAUUCUGGGUCGUCGUUUCGACUGGAAAUUUUUUUUUAAACGCGUUUUUUUCCCCUUUAACUUUUUUCCCGGUCGUCAAUCGUCGGCGCUGGACUUUUACACAUUUCCGUCGGUCCGUCGCGUUUCGCGUUCCCCGGACAGACAGGCGUGCGUGACCAGCCCCACGGCGGCAGCAAAUCUCGUCUCGGGGGCCGGACAGAUACACACGGAAGGACCUGCUGCAGCUGUACUACGUCGUCGUCACCGUCGCACCGUCACGUUCUAGUAUUCAUUACGAGCACAGAAAACGAUUGAGAAAAAAUGAAUUCCAAUACACUUAAUUAUUAAUCGCUGUUCGCUGUAAGCAGCGACAACAUAAUUUUAAAACCCAAAGAAAACCAAAAAUGCUCCACUAAGCAUCUAUCCCCUCUUAAAGAAGAUGGGAUACUCAACUACAUACUCAUCAGCUCAAUAAAUAACCUUUUUGGCUGUUUUGUACUUUUUUUUUAUUUAGUUUAACUUUCAACUUAAAUUUUUAAAUUCAUACUCGAUACAUUUUAAAUUAAAAUCAUUUUAUUUGAAAACUGAAUUUACAAGUCAUAUAACCAUCAAAAGUAUGUCCCACAGUCAUUUUUUAACCAAAGAAAACUUUCCCAGCUUUUGUAAGAAGUUGUCCGAACUUGAGUGGACAAUGGAUUCAUCAUGUACGGAAAAACCUGAAUCUUCAUCUCCUGCUUAUUCUUUUUUGCCAACGGCCCGGAAUGUACCCAAAAGUGAUUAUCAUCCUAAAGAAUCUUAUCAACGUUUUUUAAUUGAUUCUAACGAAGACAACACUUUAAUUGAAAAAUAUCUAAAACAAGAAUGUGACACUUAUAAGUUGUUUAGUGGUCCACCAAUUAAUCCUCCGUUAUUUACUGACGAAGGACGUGGUUCUAGUAUUGAAGAUUCUCCAAAAUCAUUUUCAUAUUUUUCAAAAACUAAUUGCUCUUACAUGGAUAAAAGUAUUUGGGCACAAGAUUCUGGUAAUGAUAGCUGGCCUGAUGCUUUUUUGCCACUGGAUAUUAAGGAAGAAACCACAUGGAAAGAAUUGAAUACUGAAAUCAAAAAGGAGCCAAUGUCAUGGGCAGUUAUCCAACGUCCAGCCAAAGAAGAUAAAUUCAAACCCAUUAAUCAAUUGGUUGAUGCUGGUGCAGCAACUUUUCCAGAUGGCUCACAAUUUGAAAUUGAUCUAUCAUAUGAAGCAUUUGACGCUGUCGAAGUUGAAGGGAAACUGUACAUUGGUAAAGAUGAAUUUAGGCGUACAGAUGAUGGGUUGUUGUAUAAAGUCUGUAACCAAGAUAAAGGUACACAAACGGACAAUUGGGAUGAUGAUGAAAAUGUUUUAGUAACACGUACUGCUAGACGACAUUACCAUUUUCCGAUAUUCCAGAAUUGGCACACAUCUCAAUCAGGCGAUAAUCAAGAUCUGCUUAGUGACUUUUUUAAUCCACAACGGGCACGUGAAGUCAGAAGUGACAUGGAUGACAGACCUCAAAUGAUAGAUAUGCUUCGCAACAUUAUGGGCAUGCAACAUAUAUGGGAUAAGCCAACUAUGUGCAAUGAAAUUGAUGCUUAUCCAGAACAAAACUUAUACAUACCAACAACAUGCAAUGAACUGGCUGCUACCUACACAAUAUUGCAGUCAGAUAGUGGUUCAGAAAGUUCAGAUGAUAUAGACAAUAAUUGUGGUACACUAUUCCGUAAUUCGCGAACUUAAAAAGGCAUAAUUAAUUUUGGAAAUUGCAAGAUUAAAUCAACACUGUAAUAUUUUGUUUUGCCGUGCACCGUUUGUGUUUUUUUGUCGAGACAUGUUAGACUCAUUAAGGUUAGGUUAUACAUAUUUUUUCUUUGGGACAAAAAACUAUAAUAUUUUACAUUUGUAUGAUCUAUAACUUAUAGUUUUGGUCGAUAAGUUAUUUGUUUAAAAUUGUAUUUAAAAACAAAAUAAAAAAAAAGAACAAAACGUCAAAAACCCUUAAAAAAAAAAUAUAUAUAUAUAUUAAAAAUAAACAUACAAUAAUAUAUAUUUAUAUCUUAUGGAUAGACCUAAGGCUCUAAAAUAUUACCAUAAUAUGGGUUAUUUUCUUAGGUUAAAGAAAUUAUCCCAUUUGAAUAAUUUGCUUUGAUUAAUGAUGUAUUUCUUUUUAAUGUGUUCAAAACUGUCAAGACAUUUUAAGAAUUUAUCAUUUUAUUAGCCCAAUGGUAGCAAUAUUUUGUAAUUAAUCAAUUUUAUUUUGAAGUAAAAAGAUAAUAAAAUAUUAAAAUGGAGAAAUACCCGAAAAUUGAAGCUAACAAGAUAUUAAGAGUUAGGUUAGGCGUCUAUGAGCGAAUAUACCCUAUUCAAAA